ACACGCCGCUUUUUAAGGAAUAUGCUCGCUGACUUACCACAAGGAUACAUAAUUGUUAUUAGCAGAAUAGGUUUUGUCACUGUGCUUAUGAGGGACCUGUCUGUAGUGAAAUACCGAGAUCCCGAACAGAUAAGACGUCCCGCCACCAUUUUAUUACACUAAGUCAUACUAUUUAGUGUGACGCUUGGACCGUGUAGGCCUACGCUGUGAGAUUGGCUGUGAAAGGGACUGUGUCUAUGGCAGCUGAAGGUUCGGUGUUACCAGUGAGAGGUUUGAUCUGCCCUGCCCGGCGUGUCACACGUUGUGAAGAGAGAGAAGGUGACAGCCCUGGUCAUCGGCAGAUCGCCAGUGUGCACCUGCUAUGCCAUAGGUACGGCUACAGACCGGAAUCCAUCUGAUUUUGUGCCGGUCUGUAAUAUACCAGCUUAGCUGAUCUCAGACCAACAUGUCUUACGCGGAUAUCAGAGCGGAACUUUUACGGCAGAAGAAGCUGUUUGUUGACCCGGACUUUCCGCCCAUCAACUCCCUGUAUGUCAAUGGAGUGGUACCUGACAAUAAACCGGCCAAUGUACAGUGGAAGAGGCCCUGGGAUUUGGUGAAGACUCCUAAAUUCAUCGUGGGAAGCGCUUCCCGGUUUGACCUUGAUCAGGGUCAGCUCGGUAACUGCUGGUUCGUUGCCGGGGCUGCGACCCUUGCUGCUUCCCACCGGAUCCAGUUCUUCAGAGUAGUCCCACAGGACCAGCACUUUGACCAAGACUAUGCGGGUAUAUUUCAUUUCAACUUUUGGUGGUAUGGCUCGUGGACAGAGGUUAUCGUGGACGACUUCCUGCCGUGUGAUCAGUGGGGGUUACUCUACUGUCGGAACCGGGAAGAGCCGGCCGAAUUCUGGUCAGCUCUCCUGGAGAAAGCCUAUGCCAAGCUGUACGGCAGUUACGAGGCCUUGGACGGCGGGAAGUUACAAGACUCCCUCGUGGAUUUCACGGGAGGUAUCUCUGAGGUCAUAUCUCUAGAGGACAAGACAACCAUUCCAAUGCGUCUGUACGACCUGAUGGUGAAGACAAGCACCAUGAAUUCUAUGUUAGGGGCAGCCAUAUACUUACCACCGAAUGCCACCUCUUCUCGUGAGGUACGGAAACCAAAUGGACUAUAUAUGGGACAUGCCUACAGUAUAACGGGAUUUGCCACGAUUUUGCAUGGGCGGGAAGCCAUCAAAUUAUUGAGACUGAGAAAUCCCUGGGGCAAAGGCGAAUGGAAUGGUCCCUGGUCUGACAGAUCUCUAGAAAUGAGAAGUUUGACUGAAGAGCAGAAGAAAGAACUAAACAUUAUGAUCAUGGAUGAUGGAGAAUUCUGGAUGAGCCAGUUUGACUUCUUCCAGAACAUUGAUGAGAUUGCCAUUUGUCAUUUACAGCCAGAUUCUCUGACACAGGAAGUUGCCAUUGAUAUGCACCGGCAACAGUGGGCGGUGGCUGUCUACCAUGACGCGUGGAUACGUGGAGUGACGGCUGGCGGGUGUGGCAAUCCGCCGUAUCAAAGGUUAUACUGGAGUAACCCGCAGUUCCACGUCACUCUGACUGACCACGACAACGAUUCCAGAUCUGGUGAAUGCACGCUGGUCGUUUCCUUACUAGAGAAGGAGUACCAGAACUCCAACAAGAUUGCCAUUGGCUAUGACGUUUACCGGCUACGCAGUGGCCAACCGGAACUGAUAGAUGAGGAGAAGGUCGACAGGCGAGCGUUGCGAUUGGCCACACGCUCUGGUAACUUCCGGUUUGAUAGAGAGGUCACAAAGCGUUUCAGCCUCCCACCUGGCGUUUAUGUCAUCAUCCCAAGUACAUUCCACCCUAAUAAAGAAGCCAAAUUUAUGUUGAGGUUGUUUACCGAGAAAAAGGCCUCGUCAGGACUCAUCGAUAUUCUCACGGGUCCAGAGGAGAUUAUAAAACCGCCCUUAGAUCUAGUGCAGGAAAUGUUCCACAAACACGCAGGGCAUGACGGGAGGAUGGAUGCCGAAGAACUGCGACAUCUCCUUAACGAGGCUUUGGAUACAAAUGGCCGCAAGCUGACUUUCAGCCUGGAAGCUUGUCGAUGUGUUAUGAUCAUGAUGGACCGAGACAAGACGGGUUUUCUGGGACUCACUGAAGUACGAGAGAUGAUGAAACAGUUGAAAACGUAUCGGGAAGUCUUCCAGAGAUUUGAUCGAGACCGCUCGGGCAAAGUCGACUCGUUUGAACUGACAGCCAUGUUCCAGACUAUGGGUUUCCCUGUAAGCCGUAUAGUGCUUACUUCCAUCGUGCGAAGAUACGGCGGAAGGCACAACAAGAUUACAGAAGAGGAUUUCAUCAUGGUCAUGUGCAAAUUGACCACAAUGUACCACAUCUAUGUCGAUCAUGGGCGAAAAGCUGGUGUGUCUAAUGGCGCUACUCCCUUUACCUUGGACGAGUGGUUGCAGAACACCAUGUUCUGUUGAAUAUUAUGACAAAUGUGAACCAUUUGUAAGAGUUAGAAGAAGAUGGUCAUGGCGACGGGUGAUGAUACUGUUGACGACAAAGGUGGCGAUGAUGAUGGAUGUCGAACUAUGAAGCAGAGAUGUGAAAGCUCAGCUUUUCCGAUCUAUGAUCCACGUAUUUAGUGAUGGCGAUGUACUGAAUGUAUGUAUGUCGACAAACUGAACUGACUUAUGUUUACGGUUAAGUCUGUAACGAGAUCCUACCGACGGUGACAACAAAAGAUAUUCCUAUAUAUAAAAGUUUGUACCGGGAUAAAAUGUACACCGUUGGUGUUUUUCUGUUUAAAAUACCGUGGUGUACUGUCGUGCGAAAAAAUGUUAACUGACGUAUUUUACUGAAAAUUUGAAAUGAAGAUUUGUAAUUAAACCCCAUAACUACAUCUUUUUUUUAUAAAUAUUCAAAGAGGUGGCUUGUUCACACAUUCAGUAUUUCUGUAAGUAUUAGCAAAUGUCUACUUGCUCACACGUCUGUUUUCUACGUUGAUAAUAUUUUGUUAUUUGUUUACCCCCUAAUUCACCUGGGAUAUCCUACUGAUAGUUAUAGCCUCUGCAUUUGUCCGAAUGGGCACAGGAGUAGAUGUGUUCUCGGAGCAUGUUACUUUUGUUCUGCAAUAUUUCUGGGAAAUUUUUAAGUCAAUGUUUAAUUUUCCAGAUCUGUGCUGUGCAAUUUUCUGUGGAGCUCAUUAUUGUUGGAUGUAAUAUACAUAAUAGGUAAAGCCGUCAGUAUAGUUUUGUUACAUGCAAUGUUUGGAUAAUUUUAAUAAAAAUGGCAGCUUUUGAUAAGGAUUUUUCAUAUGCAUUAUUGUAUAUUUGUAAAACUUCUGAUUUUUAUUUACUAUACCAGCCCAACAACAAUGUACAUUUCCAGAUCUACAGUUAUAUUAUUGUAUGAAGUUCACGAAAAUAUGCACAUUCAAGUCUGACCUUGCGAUAUCCUAGCAAUAUCUUUACAUUUCGCAGGAGCUAAUGGAAGGGCUGUUAAACAUUUAUGAAGAAGUAUCGGAAAUAAAAAAAAAAUGCUAUGUGCAUGAAUUUACGUUCCAAU